AAGGCCUGGCAGAGCCCUAGCAAGCUGGAGACCCACCGGCUGGUGCACACGGGAGAACGCCCCUUCAACUGCAUAGAGUGCGGCAAGAGCUUCAAGAGGGCGGAUGUGCUGAAGGCCCACCGGCGGGUGCACACGGGCGAGAAGCCCUAUUGCUGCUCCACAUGCGGCGAGAGCUUUACCCAGUUGUCGGGGCUGCGGGAGCACCAGCGGGUGCACAGCAGUGAGCGGCCCUUCACCUGCUCCGACUGCGGCAAAGGCUUCAAGUCGUCCAAGGAACUGAAGGUGCACAGGCGCGUGCACACCGGGGAACGCCCCUACACAUGCAGCGAAUGCGGCAAGGGCUUCACCCAGUCCAGCGGCCUGCUGGUGCACCAGCACACCCACACUGGCGAGCGCCCCUACACCUGCGCCCAGUGCGGUAAGGGCUUCACCCACCCCAGCAACUUGCUGAGGCACCAGCGUACCCACACUGGCGAGCGCCCCUACACCUGCGCCCAGUGCGGCAAGGGCUUCACCCAAUCCAGCAACCUGGUGCUGCAUCAGCGCACCCACACCGGCGAGCACCCCUUCACCUGCGCCCAGUGCGGCAAGGGCUUCACCCACCCCAGCAACUUGCUGAGGCACCAGCGAACCCACACCGGCGAGCGCCCCUACACCUGCGCCCAGUGUGGCAAGAGCUUCACCCAGUCUAGUCACCUGCUGGUGCACCAGCGCACCCACACCGGCGAGCGUCCCUUCACCUGCGCCCAGUGCGGCAAGGGCUUCACCCGCUCCUCGAAGCUGCUGUCCCACCAGCAGGUGCACGCCGGCGAC